GCAACAGAUCGAAUGUAAAUAACUGGGGGUCAUGUACGAGCCGACAACCAAACAAGUCAAUGCAUGUGAAAUUCAAGUUGUCGACAUUCUUGUACGGGACGAAGAAUUAUCGGAGCUGAAGGCAGAGUUGAAAACUUGCCGAGACAACAAAAAGGAAGGCCUUAGGCGGCGUCGACAUAUUCGCCUCGUCAUUUGAUUACUGAGCAGUAGAUGAGGCUCUGGAUAAUAUGCGCCGGGGAUCUGCACGAACAGUCCAGUGAGCUUAGGGAACAAGCCAGUGAGCUUAUGGAACAAGCCAGCAAACUUAGGGAACAAGCCAGCGAACUUAAGGAACAAGCCAGCAAACUUAGGGAACAAGACGACAGGAUAAAACGGCUCGAAGCUCAAUCCCUGAUGCUUCAUGCUCUUCAUCGUCGCGUGGUGCUUGACGAUGCUCGUGAUAUCCUCAUCAACCGCUACGAUCUCGCUAUCAGCGAUGUUCGGCUUGGAAGCCACAGUACUAGUGGCCAGAAGCGACAGGAGGCUCUGGGUGAACUGGUGCGGAGUGUGCGUUCGAAGUUAAAAGCAGAAGAUGCAGCUCUGCUGCCUGAUGAUGCCUUGACAAUGAUUUUUGAUGGCGGCAAGAAUCCCGCCCGCCAACAAGGGAAUGUCGCGGCUCAUAAUGCCUCCAAGGAGGAACUGAGCUUAGCUGUCCUGGGGACAGGGUUGAAUCCGUCGCGAUUAGCAUCAUUGGAAAUGGUCUACAAAUUCACGCAUAAUGAUGUUCCGCCAUUAAUUCACUGA